CGUAUGUCGUUAUUUACGGCGAAAUUCAUGGCUGCAGCAAAGAAAUACAUACAGACUAAAAAGAAAGCUGGCAAGAACGAUGCACCAAUCAAGUCUGAUGAAAUCGAAGACGAAUCGGGUAUGGGUUUCAACGCAACAUUUAGUAAGAAUUCGCCAAGUAAAAGCAGUAUCCACUUAGAUUUGCAGCUGUAUUUAACCACACAACCAGAGAACCGAGAUCCUGAACACGUGAGAAGGAUAAUAUGGGUCCUACGGACCACCAAGGCGUUUACGAUGUUCUCAUCGGAGAUGGAAGUGGAGCUGGCACGACGUGUUGGGUAUGAACGGUACGACAACGGCCGUGUAAUAUCAUAUCAAGGGAAACCACCAGACAGGUUUUAUUAUAUACUCUCUGGGAGAGUUAAUAUGCUGAGACAAUACAAGUUACAGACCGGUGAGGUCACAAAGUCCAUGGGAUUUCUAACCAAAGGGAAAACGACAGACACGGAGGAAAUGGAAAAACAGUGGAGGCGGGAAUCUAAUCUGGUGUGCAAGGGUUCGGUGGAGGUUUUACUUAUAGCGAAAAAGGACUAUUUCUUUUUACAAAACACAGAUGCAGGCCCGCCCAUAGAUUUUCUACGGAACGUUGACUUGUUUCGUGAAUUUCCAUGCGAACAAUUCCUCAACCAUCCAGAGGCCAUUGAAUUCAAGUAUUACGGCCCAAACAAACUGGUGGUUAAGGAUACCAACACACGCAACUGGAUAUUCAUCGUCAAAUCGGGCCGGUGUAAAUGCGUUCGACGGCAAGACGUGGUGGAUGUCAGCCAAGAUAAGCGACUCAGCAGCAAACAGCGAUUAGAGCAGCUCGGAUGCGCUAAAGGAUACAGCCAUGCAGAUGCAAUGAUGCAAAUGAAGUUGAAAAGACUAGUUGAAAGUGGUCAGAAGAAUUUCUCGUUACCACAGAUUCAAAGGGUUCCAGACCAAAUCACUGUCAGUAACCCACAUGCGCAAACAAUUGGUUUCGAUAGUAACGGGAGGAUUAAUUUUAACUUUCGUCGGAGAUCGGGAGCAUUUCCACCGAGUAAAUUCUCUACUCCAACAGCAUCAGAGCACGAUGUACAAUCAGAAUGUACGGGUACGAGCAUGCACGAUGGGAGUGAACAAGAAGCAGAAGAAGACGACUUUCGUGGCACGUCGAAGGUAAAUGAGAGAGUAGCCAAUACAGACUCAUAUACAGAGCCAAAAAGUCGAAAGAAGUUUCACAGGGAGUCGAUGUCGAUAGAACUACCGCCAUUAGCGCUGGCUGGGUCCAAAGACAGGCACUUGCUGCUCGGUCCUACACGACAACGGAAAAGUAUGUUUAUGACACAGAGAUCGAAAACAGAACCACAAAUUAUGAGGAAAAGACGGCCGUUAUUGGACGACGACGAUGAAGAUGUUCCUUUACGUAGAGCGUAUUUACAAUUAGAUAUACUUAAGUCAUGUGAUAUGAUAGGUUUGAAUGAUCUGUCUGGACUUAGCCGUGCAAAGAAAACUGGUGUUAGUGUGUGGAGUGACGGAGCUGAAAUAAUCAAAGUCAACAAGAGAUUCUUCCGUCAGCAUGCUGGUACUGUGACUAUGUUGAAACUGGAAACUAUGAACAGAGAUUACGUAACGGAGGAAGACGCUAUGCAGAACUUAGAAGAACAAGAAACGUGGUUGCAAUACAAAACCAUUCUAAUGAAGAAAAUGUCUCUUUAUCAUAGUAAAAAUCCAAAGACUCCGAGAAAUACGCUGUCAACCUGAGCUUGAACGCACAAUUACGUCAUCAAAUGUCCCCCAUGUUCGGGAUUGUUUGACUAUAAUUUACAAUGUAUCAAUUACUGGUACCGAAAUUUUACAUAUUUUUGAAACCUACAACGUUUAAAAAAUCAACGGAAAUCUUUUUGUCUUAAUCGCAAUGUACUAUGGGAAUAAAACAUGGAAUGGAUUUCACCACGGCAUUAUACGCUAAAUAUUAGUAUGUCUAUCCGUCCAGGUGCUCACGAUCCGUUCUAUUGUGGCGCCCUCUUACGGCCAGCAAUCCGUAUUCGAUUAUUAAACUUCGCCAAGUACAAAACCACGCUACGCUAUAUCGAGUAUUAUCAUUUACACCCGUGCAUUAAAGGGACCUUCUUCAAGGUCUAUAUAUUCAAUAUACUUAGAUUACUUGUCUGAUUUUGGAUCUAUGGACAGCUCACUGAAUACCGAACCAUCAGGGACUUCGAACGCGUGUAAGCGUGCUAUUGACUCUGGAGUAGCGGGCAUUUAUUAUGACUAUAGACUGCAAUCCAACAUUUCAAUCUUUAUAUUUACCAUGCCGUCCACGUGUAUUUCCACGAGUAUAUUACUUUUUAUUCACUGCAAUAUGUUUCAGAUACAAUUAGAGCUCCUCGAAAAUAAAUAUCGACGUUAGUGCCACUAGAAAUACUUCAUUUUAUUCUUUGUUUUAUGAAGUAUUCGCGAACUCCAAUGUCCGAACCAGUACGGUGACGAUGUCUGAAUCCAUCAUCCAUGCACUGUCGUUACAAGUACCCCGGAUGUAAGACCAGCAUAGCACUACAUCCCCUCAAUGCAAGGUGUGUAUACGGUGUAGUAUAUCCGAUACACUGAAUUGCACUCACAAAACCAUUCCUUUGUUUCGUAAGUCUUUAUUUUAUUUUAUUUCACGGUUCCUUCGGUCCUUUGUGGGGGGGGGGGACUGUGUUUGUAUGUAUAAUUUUAUAUAUGAAUAAAAGACGAAUUGAUAAU